AUGCUUGAUAUUUUCUCCAUAAUGAAAGCCUUAACAAUGGUAGACAAAGUUCCUUUGGUGCAUCUUUCAAGGGCGUACUCCUCAUCUAUCUAUAAUCUUCAAGAUGAAGUCAUAAGCUUCAAGUUAUCAAACAACAAAACGUCGAUUAACAAGCCUAAUUUAUAUAAGUUGAUAGGGAUUGUACCUCCUGAAAUACACACUUCACGAAUCCUUGUCAAUGCAUAUGAUGCGGGGGGAAAUGUCAAAAUCGCUGAGACCUCCAAAUAUGACCCAUCAACUGAUACUCCUAUCCACGAGGAUGAAGAAAUCUUAUUCGGGGAUGAUCAAGAUAAUUUCACUGAUUUCUUCUUCAGUCCUUUCGUAAUCAAUCUCAGUGACGAUGAUGAUGCUACCAUAAUGAAGGGGAAAUUUAAGAAAUUAAAUGAGAAGCUUAACGAGAUCCUAGAGCAUUCUAACGCAUUCUCUUCAAUCAAAUAG